AUGGCCAAGCGGGUGGCCGUGCUGCUGGCGGGCUGCGGCGUGUUCGACGGCAGCGAGAUCCACGAGGCGUCCGCGGUGCUGGUGCAUCUCAGCCGGGAGGGGGCUCAGGCUGAGGUUUAUGCUCCCAACAUCCCCCAGAUGCACGUGGUGGACCACGUGAAGGGGCAGCCCACGGCGGAGCAGCGCAAUGUCCUGGUGGAAAGCGCCAGGAUAGCCAGAGGCAACAUCAAGGACCUGGCCACGCUGGAUGUCAAGGGGCUGGACGCCCUCAUCAUCCCAGGUGGCUUUGGGGUGGCAAAAAACCUGAGCACUUGGGCCACGCAGGGCAAGAACUGCAGCGUCUCCAAAGAGGUGGAGGCUGUACUGAGGGCGUUCCACGCUGCCCACAAACCCAUCGGGCUGUGCUGCAUCUCCCCAGUGCUGGCAGCCAAAAUCUUCCCGGGCUGUGAGGUCACCGUGGGCCACGACACGGAUGAGGAUGUUUGGUGGCCUUAUGCCAAGACUGCCGAGGCCAUGAAGGAGCUGGGCUGCAGGCACAUCAACAGCCAGGUCACCGAGGCCCACGUGGACGCCAGGAACCGCCUGGUGAGCACCAGCGCCUUCAUGUGCAACGCCCCCAUCCACCAGGUGCACGACGGCAUCGGCAGCAUGGUCAGGGAGGUGCUGCGGCUGGCCUGAGCUCCCGCAGGCACCCAGCCC